CCAAAAUGUCCGCGACAGACGAAACCCCCUCGCAAACGGCAAAGUCAGCCGAGGACCGCAAGGCCGCCUCGGCCCUCGAAAACCUCGACGCCGAAACCCCAUCCUCGGCCCAGAAUGUCGACGCCGACGCCGUAAGCAAGGCCAUGAAGACGCUCGGCGGUGCCGCAAAGUCGUCGUCCGCCUCGGCUGCAUCACACAAGAACGUCAAGGUCGACCCUGCGGAUGUCGCCCUGCUCGUUGAGGAGCUGGAGCUGCCCAAGGCCAAGGCUACGGAGCUGCUUAAGAGCAAUGAGGGGGAUGCUGUCAAGGCUAUGCGAGCUUUUGUUGUGGCUUAGGAUGGUUGGAAGAACGAUGGGCGAUAGGAGUUAAAUGGUCAAGCUGCCUCUUCGACGGCAUGGCGGACCAUCCCAAGGUCGACAUGAUAUGACGGAUAUUACGAGGGAUCAAAUGCCGUGAAAGUCGACACAGAUCGGGCGACAAGAGCCAAGCAAGGCCGAUAUCUCGUCGCUCGACAACCCAGCAUAACAGAGAUUAUGGGCAUCACAACACAGCCAUACGCAAACACCAAACCCUUAAACCAACCCGAAUAGUUCAACCAGUCAUACCUUCA